AUACAACAGAUCUGGAGGAGUGUUUGUUUCUGUUGGAUCCUUGUUUCUUCAUAAAUAUCUAAAAUAUUUUCACCUUUGAUUUGAUGCUCCAAAUGUCAGAAGAGGAAACUGGUUAAAAAAACACCCCAAAAAGAAUUCAGAAUGACAACGGAUCAGUCUAAUUGCUGCCACUGCAUGGACACCCUCUGCGGAAAGCAGUAUGCCAUGAAGGAAGAGAAGGCCUACUGCGUCAGGUGCUAUGACGGCCUCUUUGCCGCUUUCUGUGAGUACUGCAAGAAGCCCAUUGGAUGUGACUCCCAGGACCUUGCUUAUAAAGGCCACCACUGGCAUGAAGUGUGCUUCAAGUGUGCCAAGUGUCAUCACUCUUUGGUCGAGAAGCCUUUCGCUGCCAAAGAUGAACUCCUGCUGUGUACAGAGUGUUAUUCUAAUGAGUAUUCUUCAAAGUGCUUCCACUGCAAGAGGACCAUUAUGCCGGGUUCUCGUAAAAUGGAAUUUAAAGGAAACUGUUGGCAUGAAGCUUGUUUUGUUUGCCAACACUGUCAACAACCAUUGGGAACAAAGCCACUGAUUACCAAGGAUGAUGACAACUAUUGUGUGCCUUGUUUUGAGAAGCAGUUUGCUCAGUGUUGUCACUCCUGCAAAAAGGUGAUCACCUCUGGUGGAGUGACUUAUCGUGACCAGCCAUGGCACAAAGAAUGCUUUCUGUGCACUGGCUGUGAGAAGCAGCUUGCAGGGCAACGGUUUAUUUCCAAAGAUGAGCAUCCGUACUGCCUUGAGUGCUUCAGCAGAUGUCAUGCAAAGAAGUGUGUGGCUUGCAGCAAGCCCAUCACAGCUUUCGGUGGAGCCAAGUUUAUCUCAUUCGAGGAUCGCCAGUGGCACAGCGAGUGCUUUAACUGUGGCAAAUGUGGCAGCUCCCUGGUGGGAAAAGGCUUCCUUACGCAGCAAGACAAGAUUCUCUGCUCCAAAUGUGGAAGUGCCGUAUAGCUCGAGAGAUCCAGAAAUAAAAUUCCUGUGACUUGCCCUGCAGUUGAACCUCAUAUGCAAUUGCCUGGUGGUCAGAAAUCCACCUAACAGGCAUAAUGGAUGUUUAGUCAUGAAUUCUCUCUGCAGCUGCAUUCAUUCUUUAUAUCCUGCAUAGCCACUUUAAAAAUAGAACUCUUGCUGGGCAAACAGUUCCAACGAUCUAUUAUCUUGAAAGUGUUUGGUGUGUGGGUGUGUUUUCCCUUGUAGAGAGUGCACUCUACUGCUGGAAGGCCGAAAGUGUACAAUAGCAUGUUAACGACUAGUAUAGAGAGUUUAUAUGAUAGCUCUGUUAUAAAAACACAAAACAGCACUUCUCUGAAAGCAGUCUUGAUCACUGUAUGGCACCAGCUGUGUCCUUUUCAUAUCUGAAAAGAGAAAUUGGAGAGGUCUGGAAAAAAAAAGAGUAACACAGUUGUGCAUUAUGGUCUUGGAGAAAAAAAAAUGGGGACAAUUAUAUUCUGCUAACCCUUGAAGAUAAUUUUCUUCAUCGCUUCCCAGGACAAAACCCACCAGAAAAUGUCAAACUAGAGGUGAUCUGGAAGUUCUACGAAUUUAGUUCCUGAUCCCAUGUUGGUUUGGAUUUGGGUUUGAUUCCUUUUCCUUUUCCCAAGAAUCAGCUCAUGGUUUGGAUCAGGAAUACAGGUUGGACAUAACACUUUGCCCCCAUACUGGUUCCGCAUGCACAUCACACACGCACACCAUUAGCCACAAAGCCAUAUUUUGACUGCAUUUAUUGCUCUAUUGCUACCAGCAGCUUUGGGGAGAAUGGCAAUUUGUACCUGGAAAUUUGUGUGUGGGCAAGGAAUUAAAUUGAAGGUCCCACCCUUCCUUUCUAAGGCAACCUCCCUAGCCUGCCACUGCUUUUGCUGAAGAAGGAAGCAUCAGGAGCUUUAAUCAGGGUACUUUGAUAAGUGAACCUUGCCUUAUGCUGCGCUCUUGUUUUUUUUUCAUACAAUUCCCAUUAUCUCUCAUUACUGUCUCUGUUAAGAACAAAUAUAGGUCAAAACAUUAGGGCAGCCAGACAUUGCCACCCCUGCUAUAUCCCACGAAUGUAAUGAGAUUUUCUUCUGCGUAGACAUGUGUGGGAUUGUACUGCUGCAGAAGAGACUCCACUUGAAUAAAAACAUCUGUGCCUAGAGAGAGGACAAUACUGUCUUCCAAAGUCUGGAAGCAGCUAUUAAGAAGGCCUUCUGUCAUGCUCCCAUCAAGCAUGCCUCCGAUGGCAGUGAGAUAGAGACUAAACUAUCUGAUUGUCCUUCAAAGUGCUGAUUCCAGUCAUCUUUCUAAAUAUCUAUUGCAGAUGUCUAAUUAUGUUUCUUGCUUGCUUUUCUUUUGCUCAAAGCAUGAGAAAGGACUACAGUUAGUGGCAUGUGCUGCCAUGCAAAAGUUUGUACUCUAUGUUUAUUGGCAGGUUUAUUUUUCCCACCUGCUUGAAGUAUAAUUUGUGAAGCAUAAUCUAUAUUCCAUCAGUAAUGGUACCUGUAAGCCGUACCAUCUCUGCAUUUCCCUGCUUUCCUUCUCCAGCUGCCUGUGUUGCUCUUCUCAUGCAAUUUCUUCCCACUUAGCAAGGCUUCAGCUAUCAAAAAUAGAACUAGGUUGCAAGGCCUAAAAAUAAAAAUCACGGAUGGAGGCACAUGUGUGCAGUGAUUUAUCAGAACUGAAUGCACUGGUAAAUGCCUGAUGGUUUGCAAUACAUGAUCUUAAAAUAAAAAAUUUACACUUAACUCAAAGUAACUGUUUUCUAACACUUUUCUUUAACAGGACUUGUAAAAGAUUUCUGAAAGGAAAACCAAUGCAAUUGUGUAUUUUUCAAAAUUUUAAGGAGAUUCAG